GUUUUGUGGACAUGUCCUGGUCUGCUCUUUGGACUUGACACUGUUUUAAUCAGUCUAAACCGUGUGAACCGCUGCCAGAUUUAAGAGUUACACUGGUCUUUAACUGGACUCAAAAGAAGUUUAACAAGGCUAAACCAAAGCAAAGUCCUGCGUCUGAGACCUGACCCAACAACAACAUGCUCAUCUUUCCAGUGCUCCUGCUGACCAUUGUCCUGCCAGUCUCUGGAAUAAUUGGAGGAAACGAGACUGUUCCCCACAGUCGGCCCUACAUGGUCCUUUUGUACUCAUUCAACGCCAAUUUCAUACCCAAGACCUGUGAUGGCUUCCUGGUUAGAGAGGACUUUGUGCUGUCUGCAGCCCAGUGCCAGAAUGACUUUAUGAGGGCAUUUGUGGGUCUUCACCGUGCAUCCCAAAAAGUCUGGGAUGACGGAAUGGAUGUGACAACAAUCCCACAUCCUGAGUAUGACGACAGCACCUUGGACAACGACAUUAUGCUGCUGAAGCUGAAGACCAACGUUAGGCUGAGUGAGAAAGUGAAGCCCAUUGCUCUGCCUAAGACAAAGAAUGAAACCAUCCCACACCAAUGUCUGGUUUUUGGUUGGGGUUGUCAGGACUUUGCCCAGAAACACAAAUCUGAUGUUCUGAGAGAGCUCAGGGUUAAUCUCACUGACUCCAGAGAAUGCACAUCUCCUGAGUACAUCUGCACUGAAGGACUGGAGGGCCCCGGGAAGGGAGAUUCUGGUGGUCCACUGGUCUGUGAUGACGAGGCUCACGGGAUAGUGUCUUCUCUUAGUAUUAGCUCUACAGAGGACGGCUACAUCUUUAAAUAUGUCCGAAUUGAACACUAUCUGCCCUGGAUCCACAAGGUCAUGAACAGUUAGUCCUGCAGCUCGUACCCAGAGAGAAACGAGAGUCAGGGCUCCAGUAUGUCAUUCAUUAAAGCCAUACUGCCAAACUGA